AUCUUCAGCAGUCUAGCGGUUCUCUUGUACACUGAGGAACAAGCCAAUCACAGAGUAAAACAUGAAUUAUUUCGUCAACGUCAUUUUUUUCGCAGCUAUCGCCAUUAUCAGCGUAGAGAGCGCCAUAACUGAUAACUCCAAACAAGCUAUGGUAUCUUCAUCAUACGGCGGAGGAUAUGGUGGUAGCUCUUCACCAUCCUACUCGGCCCCAGCUCCUGCGCCAGCGCCUUCAUAUGGUGGUUCUUCAUCAUCAUCGUACUCUGCACCGGCUCCAGCGUCAGCUCCCUCAUAUGGCAGCUCUGCUCCUUCAUACUCGGCACCAGCACCUGCACCAUCAUAUGGUAGUUCUGCACCAUCAUACUCAGCGCCAGCACCCGCGCCAGCUCCAUCAUAUGGUGGCUCAGCUCCAUCCUACUCAGCACCUGCUCCAGCGCCGUCAUAUGGAAGUUCUUCACCAUCAUAUUCUGCACCAGCAGCUCCUGCGCCAUCCUACUCAGCACCAGCACCUGCACCAUCCUAUUCGGCACCAGCAGCUGCAGCGCCAUCUUAUGCGGCCCCAGCCCCAGCUGCUGUAGCAUACGCUCCACCUGCACCAGCAUCGGCUCCAUCUUAUCCUGCACCACCAUGCCCUAAAAACUAUAUUUUCAGCUGCCAACCCUCUCUAUCGCCUGUGGCUUGCAGCGCCCCCAGUAGCAGCGGUGGAUACGGUUCAGCGGCCGCUUAUUCCCAAUAUGUGCCAUCACCUUCCCCAAAGCCUGCGAAACAAUACGCUAUGCCCAGCUACGCUCCUAAGCCCAGCUACGCUCCAAAGCCCAGCUAUGCAGCAAAUACCCCUGAGAAAUCAUCUUGUAUGGCAGUAUUAGGUCAACCUCUCAGAUGGUAAUGAGGACAACACUACUUACACACCCCAAAAAGGAAACAAAUCUCUGACCAGGCAAGAUAAUAUAUUACAAAUUGGACUUCUGUAGAUUUAUUGUGCUUGUACUGCUCUUUACAAUGAAAAUACAUGUAUAAAAAAAACCUAAA